UUGCACUUUUGGUCCCCCAACUAUGGCCUUCCUGCGAAAAUCGUCCCUAAACUUCAAAAUUAGCAAAACUCGUCCCCCAACUAUACACACAGUUGCAAUUUUGGUAUUCCGUUAGCAUUCCGUCAGAAAUCUAACGUGAGAAGCUUACGUGGCUUACUCACGCGUUUCUCACGUGAUCAUUCAGGAGAGAGAGUGAUGAGUGGACAAACAUGUGAUUCUCACGUGACCUGCACCAAGCUAUAACGGUCAUCUCCUCCCCAUCUUCUUCUUCACCCGACCCACGAUCUGAAAGAUGGGUUUUUGAUUUCUUCUCUCUCCCUCUGAAUCACGGCCUGAAGAACGAAGAAGAAGGCUAUGCGAGCUCCUCCAAGCGAAGGGUGGAAGGAAAUGGGAGGUGGGUCUCAAAGUUCUGGCUCGUAUUCUUGUUCACAAAGGAGGAAGGGAGGUCCGAUUUGCGAUUGUGGUUUUCAGGCUCCACUCGUUACAUCCUGGACUGGUGACAACCCUGGGCGAAAAUUUUACGGAUGUGGACUGUUCAAGAUACAUGGCAAGAGAGGCUGCAGAUUCUUUGUUUGGUAUGAUGAAUAUCAUGGACUAGUAAAAUGUGAUAGGUUUGAUGAAGAAAUUGCAAGGGAGAAGAAAAUUAUUGGUAUACUGUUGAGGAAGAUUGAUGAUAUGAAGAAGAAGGAAAGGCUGUUGGAGAUUUCUUUGGGGACUUGUAUCGUUUUGAUGAUUCUGUUGGUGUUUGCUUAUGUAAACAAAUAGGGGGAUCGUUGGUGUUGGGAUAUGUAAUUUGUUGUAGUUGUUAUGUAUGAAAUUGAGAUUUUGAUGCAAUGUAAACCUGUGGUAUUUCAUGAAUGAAUUAGAAACCUGUGAUAUUUUAGCCAUCUCUUUAUGAUGCAAAGUAAACCUGUUGUAUUUUGAUGCAAGACUUUCAUUUGUCAUGCAACACACAAAGUUGAUUUGGCACUUAGACCUUCAAUU